GCCGAGCGGUCCUGAGUGCGAAGAGGGUGGGUAGUUUGCACUCACUCCAACGACAGAUUUGGCCGGCCGUACGUUCGCUCUUGACGCUCCGGGAUGGACGGGGCGGCGGCACCAACUGCUACAUACCUACGUUGGAUGUGCUGCAGUGCGGUGCGGUGCGUUGCAAAGCAGGUCAGCUCGUUGCCACAUACCCGUCCCCACGGGGUUCCAAUUACAAAUCAGGCACGCAUUGCGCCAUCUCGAGCCAUUCCGGCUCAUUGGAAUCUACUGGCCAGCACACGACCCCAGGCCCGCAGGAACACUAAGUGCAGACUACUCACUGCUGCUCAGACGCAUCGACAUGGCUGCUGGGCCCCCCACCCAGGGGUGUGUCUGGGCCUACUUCGUAUCGGAGAUACCGUAGAUCCACCGCCCGAUCAUCGGGGAUGGUGUUGGCUUUUAUUUCAGUGCGACGCUGCCUCGUCUCUGGACCCGAGUAGCGGGUGCUUGUUCCGCAUCGGGGCCUCGAGGGUGGGAAAUGCUUGGCGAGGGUCCGGCGUUGAUGAGCACAUCCCCACGUUAAUCACGCCAUCGCCAAACAAUCCCCCCCCCCCCCGAGGCUCGGACUCGGCAGACCAGCGCUGCGAGCUGCCGACUAGACGGAAAGACUGUGCCGAAGACGAGAGGACCCCGCCGCCGUUAAUCCCCUUGCCUACUUGAGGCGGCGGCCUUUGGGUCGUGGCCCGAACCGAACACCAUUCAAACCGUCUACACACCAACUUCACCCCUGACGGCCAUUACUACCCCCACUCCGAACAAACAAGACAACUGCAGUGCAGCCGCUAUCCGGUGACCAUGGCGUCUCAAAAUGUCAAUGACGAGACACGGCCAAAGAAGCGGCUCAUAAUCAAUGCGUUUGUUGAAAUGUGUAAGCGUCGCUCUCCGAGUUUCGUGGCUUACCUCGGUCGGGCAAGGGUCUGGUCGGGCGAGGGCCCGGGGUGCAUCUUAACGCCGAAAGGCGGCAGACUAAUCACGGGCGACCUACGAGCGACCCAAUGAAAGAGAGCGACUAAUCAUCCUUCCGACCCUGCAGGCAGCGGCCACCAGUCGCCGGGACUGUGGCGGCACCCGGAGG